AUGAGGCUCAUUUGGGCGUUUGACCUCACUCCGACAGAUGGUUCGAAUGCAUCGGGAACUAAGUGGAACCUGGAGGAUGAGUACAACGAUUGCAAGGUCAACCCACGAGGGAAGGAAAGGGUGAAAGUGAUAGAGGAUUUAUUCAACGGCUUGCGCCUGCUAUAA